CCGCAUCAGCAUGAUCUCCCAGGAGCUCCUCCUUGCCCUCACGCUGCUUGUCCUGGGCACCCAGGCGGCUUCCUUGGCUGGCAAAGAGGACCAAGCCAAGGAGGGCUACUGCUACCACCUGCCUCCCUUGGGAGACGUCUUCGACACCCAGGACUGCAGCGCCUGCCAGAAGAACUCCUCCUGCUCCACCUGUGCCAGGGAUGACCAGUGCCCAGGCGCCCAGAAAUGCUGCCCGGGAGACUGUGGCUACGUCUGCGAGGAAGCCAUUAUGGAUGUUUGCCAGCUGCCCUCCGUCUGUGGCAUCUGCAAGGCGAUGUUCUCACGCUUCUUCUACAAUGCUUCCACGCACACAUGUGAGCGGUUCAUCUAUGGGGGAUGUGGUGGCAACAAGAACAAUUUUGACUCCGAAGACGAGUGUCUCACAGCCUGCAAAGGGAGCGCCUAACUGUUGGCUGGAGCAGAGACGGCAAAACCACCACAUCGGACUCCCGACUCAGCUGCUUUCCCGGAGACCCUGACUCUGCCACCGAGAUGGGAAGAGAGGUUGAAGCUGCCUUGUCUGCACCCCCCCACCAUGUGCCCCUCCAUACACUCCGUGCUGUGUGCCUGUGCAGUUGCCCCCAAAGGACCCUCCCUCCAGCUCCCUGGGCUGGUCCUGUUGGUGUGUCCCUUGGCCAUGCCCCUCCUCCUCAGGCAACGCCCCUUCUGCAGGUGUUGAGAUAGGCUGGUCCUGUCCCCCCCGCCCCACGGAUUAGACGAAGGGACUGGCAGUCCUGGUCAGUCUGGCUAGAGGGGGCUUCCUCUCACUCAGGCUCCCCUUGCCUUGCCCCCAGGAAGGGCAGUGGGGACUCAAGAGAAAGGGGGCUAGAGGGGGCCCUUGGCCCUUGGGGUCUGGCUUGGCUGCAAUGGGGCCAGAGCUUCCACCUUCAGAGGAGAGAGAGCUGGGGGGGGUAGCCCUGGGUCAGCCCAGGCACAAAAUGGCCCCACCCUGACUCAGGCAGGCCUGAAUCUGAGGACGUCAUGCAGGAAAUGGCUGAAGGUGGGCUGGAAGCUGGAGACCCCCCCUCCUGCACACUCACUGGUCACUCUUUACCAGCCCCAUGUGCCUUACAGGGGGAGGGGUGGGGGAAAGAUGGGGCAGAGGUGUGUGUGUGUGAGUGUGUGUGUGUGUUCUGUGUUUCUCUGCAUGUAUGCUGUGCUGGAGGAGAGCUGGGAUGGAAGGCUGAGGAAUGAAUGAAUGAAUGAAAGGUGUGAAUGUGUGAAUGAAUGUCUGAACCAACCAAUCCAGCCCCAGGGAACUGCUCCCUCCAGGGCUCUGCUUGUACAUACAGUGAAAGAAAACAUUA